GCAGCAGUAGUAGUAGUAGUAGUAGUGUGUGUGUGUGUGUGUUUGCGUGUAGAGCACGAUUUAGAAAGAGUUGACCUCAGAUAGGUUAUACAAAGAGGAAAGCGGAGUGUAACAGCGUUAUUUGUCUUGAGUUUAGGAUUAAAUAACGCCGGAAUGGAUCCGUUCACCGAGAAACUGUUGGAGCGCACACGAGCUCGCAGGGAGAAUCUUCAGAAGAAGAUGGCGGAGAGACCCACAGCAGCCAACCGGCAAAUGACCAAGAGGUCUAGAGAGCCACUUACAGAGACGAACAGUGUUGUCAGCCAGCCACCAGCUGAAAAAGUACUUCCCACCUCCAAACCCUCUCCUUCUAAGCGUCGCUGCUCAGAGGAGAAUGCUUGUUUCACUGGGGAAGAGAACAAGGAGCCUGUUGCUCUUCAAGUCACAACUUCAGAGCCUGCAACGGACAAGAAGCCGCCCAUUGCACCAAGCAGUAUCCACUCAGCUACAGUGGAAAGACUGGCUGAUCUUUCUAGCUCAGACUCAGGCACAGGACUUACAAACUCUCCAGACAUUGUGAAAAUGGAGACUUGUCCUUCACAGAUCCUAACAGGAUGCACAGAUAAGGUGAUGAAGCGCUCUAUGAUGGAGGAAAGCAGCGAAGUUCUCAGUGGUGCUUCUUCUCUCACUCCAGCUGCCAGCAACAUGAAAUCUCGUCUGCAGAGACUGGCAGAACAGAGGAACUACUGGGACUCGGAGGGUAACUUUGAGCCAGUCCCCAACAGUGCAGCCCUGUCCCCUGUUAAAUCCCAGAGGAUGGAGAUUGCUACUAAUCCAGCUCCAGCCAUCACAUCAGAGAAGCCAUUAGGUAGAAAGGGCAGACUGGCAAACCUUGCUGCCACAAUCAAUACCUGGGAAGAUGAUCUUGGGCAUCCGUCCACUUACAGAGAUGAUGCACAAGGGCAGCCUGGCACAGCCUGUGUUCCUCCUCAAACACGUGUGGGAAUGAGCAGCAGUGUCAAGCCCAUUGCUGCUGCACAACAGGUUAAAUCUGUCCAGUCAGUUGCUAGCAAGCCUGUCCACAGCACUCAGCAGCCACCAGUUUAUUCUCCAGUCAGAUCAUCCAGAGUGAAUCCUCCAAGCCCCCAGAAGACUGAGGUGCCUGGGCCAAAACUGACUAAAGGACCCCUCUCCCCUGCAUCAAGCCCCCUGAAGAGUUUCUCUAGUCAGCACUCAACUCCACUCAAAUCUGGAAUAGUCCCAUCUUCUCCUCAAGCUACUCAGUGUUCCCAAAGCCCUCUGAAGACUCAGACCCCAUGCAAAGAACUAGGACCAGGAAAAGUGGUUAAUGCAAGUCCUGCAAAAACAAACAUUCCUACCAACCCAUCCUCCAGUGUAGUACGCACUCAGGCUACUGAGGGGCUGACCAAGGAUACAACACCCCUACAGAAAAGUGGCCCAGUUGGACCUGCUGGGGGUGUUAAGUCAUUUUUGGAGCGUUUUGGAGAAAGGUGCCAAGAACUUAAUCAGGGAUCUCCUCUUAACGGUGUGGGUCUGGCUCGUACACCUGCUGCUACACCGUCAUCCCCUCACAAAUUGAGUCUGCUUCAGGAGAGGCUUGCUGUCACACAGGGAGCUUCCAGUACUGCCCUCCUCACCCAGAAGCAGAAAAUGGAACGUGAGGCAGAAUUGGCACAGGUUCGCGGUCGAUUUCAGAACAGCCAGGUGUCAAAAAGCAGAGAGGAUCUCACAGAGGACACGAAAAACUCAGAGUCUAAGGUGGUGGAAGACUCCAAUAAAAAGUCUGUUCCAGAACUUAACGAUGAGCCAUCGGCACCACUCCUGAAUAAUCUGGAAAAGAAAUUCAGUGAGAAUGAAACAUCAAAUAUAAAGCCUGUACUGUCAAGCCCAAUGAAGAAGGUUGAGGUUUCUCUAGAAAAAGCAGAAGUAGAUGAGCAAAGAGAAAAAGAAACUGAGGAGGAGAUGCGUGAGAUCGAGAUGAAUGUCGAUGCCUCCAUUAACUCUGAGGUCAUUAACAAUCUGUUUGAAGAUGUUUUGGAGGAAAAUGAUGAGCAUAAUCCUGAAGAGGACGAGGAAGAAGAUGCUCUAAACAUCUCCUCCAUGUCUCUCCUUGCCCCACUGGCAGAGACUGUGGCUGCUGUGGUCAAAAGCCCUGAGAGGAAAGUCAUGCAGACAUCAACCCCGGCAAGCUCAUUUAUUGAGAAAAAAGGGACUCCUGAGGGUGUAUCCAGGCCCACAAAGUUCCAAAGGACACGAAUGCUUCGUGCUGGCUCUUCUGACAGCAUUGAAGCUCUAGAAGAAGAGCACAAACUUCCCUACAGCAUUGAUGCAUACCGAUCAACCAGAGUGAAGGAGACUGAGAGACCUCAGGUGAAACAGGUGAUUGUGAGGAAGGAAGAUAUGUCGCAAAGAACGGAAGAGCCCCGGAAUACCAGUCACAUUAGCAUUAAACAAAAGAUGCAGGCUUUGACCAAUGAGAUGAACAUGCAGCAGACAGUGAUCCAUCAAGCCAGUCAGGCAUUGAACUGCUGCACAGACGAGGAGCACGGAAAGGGCUCUCAGGUGGAAGCUGAAGCUGAGAGGCUCCUGCUUAUAGCCACUGAGAAGAGGGUGGCUCUGAAAGCUGAGCUGGAUCGACUGAAGGCAGAGGGACCAGCGGUUCAGAAGAAAACCUCUUCCAAAGCACAGGAUGACAUGGACGUGCCUGCCUCCAAGGGCUCCAUCUCACUGCAGGAGCUUCGAUUGCCUCUUAAGGCCGACUUUGUCUGCUCUACCGCUAAUAGGCCCGAGUCUGGAAGCCAUUAUUUCUUUGUGAUGAUCCGUGCUGGAGCUGAAAAUACGGUUGCUACUCCUCUGGCCAGCACCAACAAUGCCCUUAGUGGGGAUGCCUUGACCUUUUCCACCAAGUUCACUCUGCCUGACGUUUCCAGUGACUUUGAGAUUGAUAUUGAGGUCUACUAUCUUGUUCUGAAACGUGAGCUUUUCGUUGAUAAAAGAAAGAAGCCUGCUAAGUCCAAGGCCAUCACCCCCAAGAGAUUCCUUGCUAUCAGUAAAAGCAAUCUCCAAACACCUGUAGUGGCAAGCCCUGGGGGUCCGAAUGCAGUGCGCUCCAGUAACUUUGCUCUUGUUGGAUCGCACAAGUUAACCUUGGCUUCUAUUGGAAAAAACAAAUUUCCUCUGGAAAAGAUCAAAUAUACAGGGUGUGAGAGCAGGCUUCUCAGUGAUAUGUUUCAGAAUAAGGUCCCUUUUCUCUGUCCUUUGGAAGGCCAUAUUCACCUCAGGAUGCAGUGUGAGGUUGACUCGCAUGUGCAGGAAAGAGGAUUUUUGACCAUGUUUGAAGAUGUCAGUGGUUUUGGAGCCUGGCAUAGGAGGUGGUGUGUCCUCUCAGGAUACUGCAUCUCCUAUUGGACUUAUCCUGAUGAUGAAAAACGCAAGAAUCCUAUUGGUCGUAUCAACUUGGCAAGCUGUACAAGUCGUAAAGUGGAGCCUGCAAACCGCGAGUUCUGUGCCCGGCCCAACACCUUUGAACUGAUUACAGUGAGACCACAAAGGGACGAUGACAAAGAAACUCUGGUCAGCCAGUGCAGGAACACCAUGUGUGUCACAACGAACUGGCUUAGUGCCGACACUAAAGAAGAGAGAAAUCUGUGGAUGCGGAAACUCAAUCAAAUCCUAGUGGACCUGCGCAUGUGGCAGCCAGAUUCAUGUUACAGGCCAGUGUGACCCUGACCGAGAGGAAGCUCACAGGUCCUAAUUCUACACGAAAUAUCAAACUGUUUGCUGAGAAGUGCAAUACAAUAUCAAAGUUACAAAAUGUUUACAGUGGAAUAUAAAGUUAAGGAAUUGUAUAUUUGACUGAAGUCACGGACAUGAGGAAAUUAAAAUUCGAUAAAGCAAUGCUCAACAUUUAAACACUUCAUUGAAGAGAAUAAUCCACCUCACAUUGUUUGUAAAGGGCACAUUCUGAUGUUUAGAACAACUAAAUGGUGACUGUACAGCUUAACAUCAUAAACCUGAACAGUGUAUUGAAUUAUAAAUCACAAAUGACUGUUUACAACAUCGAAAAGAAAGUCAUGUUCAUGGUUUUGGCAUGAGGAGAGAAACUUUAAGUUUUUUAAUUUUAUUUUUUUUUAAUGGGCUUUUUCAGGACACGAGGGUUCUUUGUAUGCACUUAAUUUGCAUGUUCCCCAAGCAAAGCAUUAAGUUCUUCCAUAGCGUCACACUGUAGGUUUUCACUUAAGUACAGGAAGCAAGAUUUAGUUUGAUUGGCAGAAUUAUUGCAUUUUAAAGCUCUAGACUAUAUAUAUUGAACAAUUUCUUUAAUAAAAUGCAGUUGGUUUGCAUUCAGAUAUGUAAAGUUUCUGCUUCAGUAUUUAUAUUUAAACCAGAGUUUGCCUAACUGCCCAUAUAUGUGCUGUCAUAAAAAAAUAUGAAAUUAGUAACCGCUUCAGUUAGAGUGGAUUAAUGUGUACACAGAAGCUUAAGCCACACUAAAGCGUAUUAAAUAUAUUCUUUCCAGUGAUCCUCCAUAUAAUCAUAAUACACGGGACAAUGUUUAUUUAAUAUUAAUAACCGAAUGUUUGCUGAACACAAUAUGUUGAGAACUACAGCUCCUUGGAUUUUAUUAAUACAUUUUCAAGCUUCCUGCUUACAUCUUGGAUAUAUUUUAGUUUUAUGGUGUGACUGUACCAUUUAGUAUUGAGAGCAUGUCCUUUUGAAAUAAUUAUGAGGGUUGUUUGCUUUUAUUCAGGGAAAUUUUUAUUCUAGUUUUAUAUAUUCUCUGUGGGUUGGACAGUGUAAAAGUACUUUAUAAACAUAUUGUGUAUGAACAGUUGAAUUGAAUACAAGAUUGUAUUCUGAGCUGUUGAAACUACUACUAAAGUGCACACCUAAUGUCAGUAGCUGCUUUAACUGUUCUAAGAUGAAAGAUCUACAUCACAGUUUCAUUUUGAGUGUAUGUGAGAUAUUUAGACAAGUAUAGUUGUUAUUGACACAAAGUAGACAAUGGCUUUUUUGAUUGUUUGUUUGUUUGUUUUUCUACACUUUAUACUAGCAUUUUAUUAUAUUGUUUUGACUUAAAUGCAUGCAGAUGCCUGCUUAAAUGCCUUAAUAAAUGCCUUGUGGUUUGCAGUGAUUAGUGGACAAGUUUGCUUAAGACACUUGAGUAUGCUUCUUGGUUUCCCACCCUGUUUUAAACACUCCAGAUGUAGUGUCAAGAUAUAUGCAGUGCUGACAUUCCAAUAAAAGCCACAGCUUUAACCAA